GCGCAUUAGCCGCACAGAAGCUAAACAGGUGGUCGCGCUUCUUCACACGCACACAACAAUGUCGUCCGGCGGGGAGACGCCGAACCGAACUCCCUGCGCGCCCCUCUGAAGGAACACCGGGACUCCAACACACCCGGACGGGCCCAUGCUUCUCUCUCACCCCCCUUUGGAUCUAUCCUUCUCUCGGUCCUCCUCUUCCUCGUCUUGCUCCUCCGCCGCCGCUCCGGACGCUCCGGAGUGGGAACGAUGAAAGUCACGGUGUGUUUUGGACGGACCCGGGUGGUGGUUCCGUGCGGGGACGGGAACAUUAAAGUGCUCACGCUGGUCCAGCAGGCUGUCAUGAGGUACAAGAAGGCCAUCGCGAAGGAUGCAAACUACUGGCUGCAGGUGCAUCGCUUGGAGCACGGCGACGGCGGCAUCCUGGAUCUGGACGACGUCCUCUGUGACGUGGCUGACGACAAAGACAGGUUGAUCGCGAUAUACGACGAGCAGGAGCCUCAUCAUGGAGGCGACGGAACCAGCGCCAGCUCGACGGGAACCCAGAGCCCAGACUUGUUUGCUACAGACAUCAGCGCCGGCAGCGGAGUGUCGGCUUUCCAGCCGUACCAGGCGGCGAGCGAGAUCGAGGUCACGCCCUCCGCACUGCGAACAAACAUGCCUCUCCACGUCCGCCGCAGCAGCGACCCCGCCUUGCUGACGGUCAAUGGGCCGUUUGUCGUCGGUGAGUCUCGCACCGCGACAGACGACCAGCCGUCGAGGAAGAACCCCACCCGAUGGUCCACAACGGCGGGCUUCCUGAAGGCACGUCACUCCACAGGAACAAACAGCUUAGAGAGAAAGGCCAAAGGUCAGGACACGUACCGCAGCCUGCCCCGGGAUGCUGGGACCUGGGCUAACCAGAGGGAGUUCCAGAGAGAGACGGCGAGAUCAUCGCUCAGCGCCAACCACCCCAUGGUGGACCGCUGGCUGGAGCGACAGGAGCAGGAGGACGAGGCCAGAGAGGAAGAGAAUGGGCGGAUUGAGCCGGUGGGCCGAGCGGACUCCUGCGUGGACCACACGGCUGCGAGGUCGCUGGAAGAUAUAGUCAAACUGGUGGAAGUGUCUAACGAUGGAGGUCCCCUGGGGAUCCACGUGGUCCCCUUUAGUGGCCGCGACCGCAGGACUCUGGGCUUGCUGGUCAAGCGUUUGGAACACGGCGGUAAAGCGCAGCAGCAGGGACUCUUCCAGGAGAACGACUGCAUCGUGCGAAUCAAUAACGGCGACCUGAGAAACAUCCGCUUCGAACAAGCCCAGAACAUGUUCCGGCAGGCCAUGCGUUCCCCGGUCAUCAUGUUUCAUGUGGUCCCCUCAACCCUGAAGAGCCACUACGAGCAGAUCUCCCAGCCGGAGAAGAACCCGACCCUCAGUGGGCGCUUCAGUCCGGAGUCCCUCUCGGGGAGCAUUGUGUCCGGAACAGACCAGAGAAUCUCCAGGCACGGAUCCCAGUCUCACCAUCAUCAUCAUCAUCACCAUCAAGAGGCAACUGAAGGCUACCAUCCUCUUCCUCACCCGGCGGUGUCGGCUGCUAAACCGCCCACCGGACAGACUCACUCGCCCCAGAGGGGUCUGACGCCAACCCCGACCGCAGGAUUCACCAAGAAGGUCGGCCGGAAGCUCAACAUCCCACUGAAGAAAGGACCGGAGGGGCUCGGCUUUAGCAUCACAUCUCGGGACGUCCCCCUCGGCAGCUCAGCUCCCAUCUAUGUGAAGAACAUCCUGCCACGGGGAGCUGCCAUCCAAGAUGGCCGUCUGAAGGCAGGAGACAGGCUGCUGGAGGUGAACAAUGUGGACCUAAACGGACGAACACAGGAGGAGGUGGUGUCGCUCCUGCGGGCCACGCCCAUGGGGGACGCCGUUGUGCUGCUGGUGCUGCGACAGGAGGAGGCCUUCCUCCCCCGAGAGCCCAACGCUGAGCCGCAGACACAGAACCCCAGAGACAUGAAGCUGGAGGAGGACGAGCUGGUUCUGACCCCUGACGGCACGAGAGAGUUCCUGACCUUCGAGAUUCCUCUCAGCGACUCUGGUUCUGCUGGUCUGGGCGUCAGCGUGAAAGGGAACCGGUCCAAAGAGAACCAUGCCGACCUCGGCAUCUUUGUCAAGUCCAUCAUCAAUGGGGGCGCCGCAUGCAAGGACGGGAGGCUUCGAGUCAAUGAUCAGCUGAUCGCGGUGAACGGCGAGUCGCUGCUGGGCAAGACCAACCAUGACGCCAUGGAGACACUGCGGAAGUCGAUGUCGACGGAAGGAAACAAGCGAGGGAUGAUCCAGCUCAUCGUGGCCCGACGGGUGGGGAAGAGGAGCGAGGACACUCCGGGUUCUCCGCUGGUCCAGCAGACCAUGAACACCAGUCUGGAUGAGCACGAGCGGAGGAUCUCUCACUCCCUGUACGGUGGCCUGGAAGGUCUGGAUGACAACCUGAUGCCUCGACACGGCACGAUGCCACGCACCAUCGGUAACUACCAGCUGUCUCCCACCGUCAACAUGCCACAGGACGACACCGUGAUGAUCGAGGACGAUCGGCCGCCACAGCUGCCACCUCACCUCUCCGACCAGUCGUCCUCCAGCUCUCACGACGACGUCGGCUUCAAUUCGGACACCACGCCGCCAUGGGCCAAAGAGCCGCCGGCUCCCGACGACAGCCCUCGCAGUCCUGGCGACGCGCACAGCGACAUCAUGUUCCAGAGAGAAGGUUUCGGGCGACAGAGCAUGUCGGAGAAACGCACCAAGCAGUUUGGCGAUGCAGCGCAUCUGGAGAUCAUCAAGACACGGAAGUCUAAGAGCAUGGACUUAGUCGCAGAUGAGAUUAACCUCGGCACUCGCCCCGAGGCUCACGCAGGUUCCUCCACGCGGGAUGUCGGACCCUCUCUGGGUCUGAAGAAGUCCAGCUCCCUGGAGAGCCUGCAGACCGCCGUCGCGGAGGUGACCCUGAACGGCGACCUCCCCUUCCACCGUCCCCGACCGCGUAUCAUCCGAGGCCGGGGCUGCAACGAGAGCUUCAGGGCCGCCAUCGACAAGUCGUACGACCGAGUGCCCGCCACCGAGGACGACGACGAAGGCAUGGAGACAUUGGAGGAGGACACAGAGGAAAGUUCCAGAUCCGGCAGAGACUCAGUGUCGACGAUCGCGGACCAGACGCCACUAAACGUAGGCGAGAAGCCUUUGCUCAACGGCACGAACCGAACCAAAGAGGAGAAGAAGAAAGAGAAGGGGAAGGAGAAGAAGAAGCAGGAUGGUGGGAAGGACAAGGGGAAGUCCAAGAAGGGCAUGCUGAAGGGACUCGGAGACAUGUUCAGAUUCGGUAAAAACCGAAAAGACGAUCGCGUCGGAGACAAGAUGGAACGCAAAGGUUCCAACAAGUGGAGGACGGACGAGACGCAGGUGUCUGAGGAGGAGACUCUGAGAAUGAAGAUGGAGCAGGAGAGGAUCCAGGCCAAGACCCGGGAGCUACGGGAGCGCCAGGCCAGGGAGCGCGACUACGCAGAGAUCCUGGACAUCAGCCGCUCGCCCGAGAGAGCAUCAGACGACGAGCACACCUAUGUGGGGGUCAGCACCCUGGACAGUCGACCUCACAGCCCCCGAGACGAUUACGUGCCGUACCACCACCAGCACCAGCACUCCGACACCCUCUACACGCAAGUCAGCAAAGCUCGGAACGACAGGCCGCCGUCCGCUGACAGCGGCCGACUAGCCCCGAGCAACCACGACCGGAUACAGAGGCUGCGGCAGGAGUUCCAGCAGGCCCAGAACGUUCCCGAGGAUCCGGACGACCGCCGGAGGACCUACAGCUUCGAGCAGCCCUGGUCCACCUCCAGCACCACCAGCAGCAGCAACGGUCCGAACAGCUACAGCCAGCCUGGACGACACUCUGUCUCGGUGGAGGUCCAGAUGCAGCGGCAGAGACAGGAGGAGAGGGAGUCCUUCGCCCAGGCUCAGCGCCAGUACAGCUCGCUGCCACGGCAGCCGAGGAAGAACCCCAGCACCGUCUCUCAGGAAUCGUGGGACAAAGUGUACCCGCCUGGCGAGGUCUUCCAGACAGCCAAGGAUAACCCCCGCUACUCCAGCUACCAGGGCUCUCGGAACGGCUACCCGGGCGGCGGCGUGGGGAUCAACGCCCGGGUCCUGCUGGAGGCCCAGGAGCUGCUGAGGCAGGAGCAGCGGCGCCGAGAGCUGGAAGCCAAAGGGAAGCUAAUGCAGGACCCUAGCUACGACGGCUACUCAGGGCUUCGCCUGAAGGACCCGGCGUCGCCGAAGGGUCCGUACCGGCAAGACGUGCCACCCUCGCCGUCGCAGUUGGCGCGACUCAACCGCAUCGGGUCGGAGAAAGGUCGACUGUUCUACUCUUGAGAGGGUUUUUGUUUUUGUGACGCGUGCUGCCUUCAAGGACGCUGUAAACCUGGUGUUCCCAGUUCCAGAACCUCCGACAUGCUGACUGAUUUGGGAGGCUCCGCCUCUCACCAGGGGCCGGGUGCCUCCCUGAAACGGAUCCUACGCACUGGCGGCUCAGAAAGUCCUUCUGUCUUCUCGCGUUAGCGGCAGAGUUGCCGUCGUUCUGAUGUUUAACUUCCAACCUCCCGAUGGUUGUAAACCGCGCGGCGCUCGCGUCAUGGCCGUGACUCUCCUCGCUGUGCGGAUGACCUUCACUCAGUCGGGGGGGUUUGAGGUUUCUGCGCGCCUCUCUGAUGUUUCUCGCCACGACUUCAGUGGACGCCACAAACGCUGAAGGUUAGACUCCGGCUGUGUGCCCCCGGCGCCACCUGCGGGGAGGAGCAGAGAGGAGCCGCGUGUUAUUAAUAAAGUAAGAAACACCCCCCGCCCCCUCGCUGGAGAUGGUCUUCAUCCAUAAUUCAUGUCUUCUCUGUGGAGGAGCUCCAGGCAGGAGGGGGGCGGCUCUGAUCCGCUGCCCAGCUCGCCUGCUCCUCUCUGGGAUUGUGUCGCUGGCUGGCCUGCCUGUGUUGGAGCUCCAUCCUCCCCUCCCUUCUACCUCAGCAGCCGUCUUCUCGCUCGCCCUCCACCUUCGCCUCCUCGCGCUCCUCCUCUCCGUCGCUGAAUUUUUCAUCAGAGCCACCUGCUGCCUGUCAGAACCCACCACCAGAGGCGAAGCCCGCUUUUCAAAAUAGAACGUGGCGGCGUCGACGGCGAGCGACGGAAGCGUUCGCUGAAGUCAAUUAUUGACGUGUUGUGAGUCUCCUGCUUCAUAACCAGGUCUGACACCACCAGAGCCACGGAGACGUGACGCCAAAUCCACGUCCCAUUUGUGAGCAAUAAAGUUGUUGCAAUAAGAACGCUGAAUAGAUUUAUGAAAAUGGCGAGAAUAAAGUCAUAAAAUCACAUUUUUUAAUUCACGGUUUAGUUCUGUAAAUAUAAAAUCAUAACAACCAUUUAACUAAUAAUACAUUUUAAACAUUUCUAGAGUUCAAAUACUUUUGAAAUAAGUGUUAACUUUUCUGCACAAUUUUAUAACUUUAUAAACAGAUUUCAAGUCAAAAAUGAAUGUUUAUAAUUAUUUUAAAUGUUGAAAUAAAAGUUUUUAUAAUUAUAAAUGUGAAAAUAAAUGAAGGUACUGGUCACCCUGGUUCAAAUGUUUUAUUUAAAUAUAUCAUUUUUUUUAUAUCUCUUUUUUUUUAACUUGUACUAUUUCCGUUUGUUGUGCCUCUUAAAUGAUUUUUUUUUUUUUUUUUUAUGUUUUACUUUUUUCCCUAUUUUAUGACUUUAUUCUCGUCCGUGCUGAGACUCGUUUCUUGAGCCACGGUUUUGCUCUUCUCCUUCGCUGCAUACCUCGUUUCUCUUCAGCUGGUCACGUUUUUACAAAAGGGAAACAUGAAGAAUGAAGCGUCUCCGUCCAUUUUUCAAAGUUACCGAAGAGUUAUUUGCAUUUUUUUUUUCUUGUCUGUGUCACUGCUAGUGAUGCUAACAGUUAGCAAAAAACCCAUCUGCUCUGCUGGAAUAAACAUAAAUAUGUUGGUAUAAAACCCUUUUCACCUUAUCACAAAAGCAAUAUUGGAUUGUAACAAGAAAUCACAGAAAUGAAAACCAAGAAUUUCACUAAUGGUUUAAGUAGAAAAAAACAAAGCAUAGGAAAUAUUUUGAGCCAAAAUGAGUCUCACAUACGCCACUUGUUUCGCCACAUGACCGCAAAGCUUCCGUCUCUGACAACAAACUCAUUCACUUAGUUUUUAGGAGACGACGAGCCGCCGGCGAGUCUGAGCUGGAUUGUAAUGUCCCCAAAUCUCCGACGUGAUGUGAAGGAUGUAGCUAAAGUGCCUGAACUCCGAAGUCGUCUGCCGCUCGUGUGCGAGUCGGAUCGGCCUUCGACUGUUUCGGGAAGUCGACGGACGCAGAGGUGCAAUUUGUCUUUUCGGAACUUUAUGUAGAAGCUUUUCUUGUGUACAUACGGAGUUUAGAAUAAAAUCUCUC